AAAUAGCCGUGGAUUGCGUUUUUCACCGCAGCACCUCCAGGAGCUGACGGGCAGUAGAAGCCGAGCGAGGCAGAGUCAACACGGAGCAGCGUCUGUGGCGUUAAUGGAGGAUCCAGCGACACGUUGAAACAAUCAAUAACAGCUGACCGCUCCUGUGCCACCUCACACUGUUCGAUCCCCGCCUCGGUCCGGGGGGUUUUAGUUUGUUGCCGAGCCGCAUGGAGUCCGCGCUGAGACGGUCGGCGAGGUGUUGUGCGGACAAGAGAGCAUCCAGCUAAUGUUAGCCGCUAGCCGCAGCCCAGCCACGGAUCGUGCGGUGCGGAGCUGAGAGGAGGCUCGGUGCUGCUGCUGCUGCCGCCGCCUCUGCUUUGCUUCAGGACGGAUACACAACCUAAAACCAUGGGCCUCAUAUUCGCCAAACUGUGGAGCUUCUUCUGCAACCAAGAGCACAAAGUGAUAAUUGUUGGACUAGACAACGCGGGGAAAACCACUAUACUCUACCAAUUUCUGAUGAACGAGGUGGUCCACACGUCUCCCACCAUCGGAAGCAACGUGGAGGAAAUAGUGGUGAAGAACACACACUUCCUGAUGUGGGACAUCGGAGGGCAGGAGUCGCUCAGGUCCUCCUGGAACACCUACUACUCCAACACAGAGUUCAUCAUCCUGGUGGUGGACAGCACAGACAGAGAGAGGCUGGCCAUCUCGAAGGAGGAGCUCUACAGGAUGUUGGCUCAUGAGGACCUGCGGAAAGCAGCUGUGCUGAUAUUUGCCAACAAGCAGGAUAUGAAGGACUGCAUGUCUGCAGCGGAGAUCUCCAAAUACCUCACCCUGAGCUCCAUCAAAGACCACCCCUGGCACAUACAGUCCUGCUGUGCACUUACAGGAGAGGGUUUAUGCCAAGGUCUCGAGUGGAUGACCUCCAGAGCCGGGCUCAGAUAGCCCCUCCCUCAACCAUGGACGGCCUCACUACCUGCACCACCCCCUCGGUGGCGAAACAGCUGGCGUAUAGUCGAUUUUUAUUUUUUAAUGACAACUUUGGACUCUGACCUGCGGACCGCACAGUAUGGCUGUACUGACACGUCUGUUACAACGCAACUGAUAAAACACCAGUGACCAGAACCUAUGAACUGACCUGGUUGUGGAGCGAGAGGUGGUUUUAACGGAGGAGGAGGAGUUUUCUUCAGAUCGGUGGAUGUCCAGGUGCGAGGGGGGGAGGGGCUUCACCGGACACUCACGCUUCAUACAUAUCAUGUUACACUACAACAUCAUUUCAGCCAUUAAUGUCACAGUGAUUAGAAAAUAUGAUGCAGCUCUUUUAUUGUUUUGCUCUAUAGAAGUUUGUUCGUGUUCAGGUCACUGUUAACAGAACAAACAAAGGGAGUAGAAGCAGUAUUGUAGAACCACAUUCGAUGGUGACGGUGGCACCGAGUUUUGCACAGAGCUCAUCGGGUGUCUUACACUUUAGUGUCAUUAUUUAAUUUUUUUUUUGUUCUCAACAUCUGUUACAUGCAAUUUCAGUUUCAUAAGCUACACUGAUGGUGGUUACCCUCACACUUGACCACACUGGUGUCGUGCUGAAGUACAAACUCUCCCUUUUUAUUCAUGUUGAGCCUGUGCUUGUGUCAUGAAGCCAAAUCAAAGUCUCGGCAUGCAGCGUUUGUGCUCAAUCUAACCCGAGGAACAAAACGGAAAUGACUUCAGCUGUUAAUUUAAAUGAGCAGAACCUGAAAUGGCUGAAAUGUGAUUCCAAAUGCAAGUACCAAGCUCUGUUCUCAUAACAGUAUUUUAACAUUUUUAUCAGUGAUGUAUAAUGAUUUUUAUUUAAUUUUAUUCUUUGCUUUUAUGGCCUGCUGUUAAGUUGCUCUCUGCAGGUUGGCAUCUCGACAUGUUUUGUAUUAAUCAUUGGUGCUCCACUAGUGUGCGUGGCUGAUCCACUGCAUCCUAAUAUAAACAUUUUCUUUAUUUUCUGCCGCCAUUUUGGCCUGUAGUCCUCUUCAAGUGUGUUAUACUCUAAAAAUGCAUCAAAAUCAGCAGCCAUCGAAAAAGGUGCCACACAUUUAAAAGAAGCUGUUACACUCAAGUGGUUUGUAGCAUUAAGACGAUAUGAAAUCAGUAUCUUGGCCAUCGUUUAGUUAUAUUUCAAUCCUCAGCCUUAACUAAGCUGUUGCAAGUGUGUGUAUGAAUCUGACAGCUGGCUUUUUUUAAUCCCAUGUUUUCCUUUUUGAGGCGGUGUAAGAAUUCCAUGAAGUUGCUAACAGAUCUAUGCACGUGUCACUUUGAAACCAAGUUCCAUAGUGGCCAAAAAGAGCGGAGGUGCAUAUGGUUGAACCAAAACAGAACUUGAAAAGAUCUUGGUCUGGAAAUACCGCCGAGUGUCCACAGUAUCUUAGCAAUGGUUGUGAGACAAAGUAUUUUUAUAUUAACAGGAAACGGGUGAACUGCGCAGCCCCCAGACUCUGCAGCAUUAAGGUUUACAGAAAUAUUUACCUUGAUCUCACAAAGCAAGGGAACAGAUCUUAUACUGUCAGUGUGGUGGAGUAUCGUCUGGGUCAUGUACUGUAUCUCAGUUUUGUUUUCAUUAAAAGUUUGUUUGGAA